AUGUCGAAGCUUUUCAUUGGCGGUCUUUCCUGGAACACAGACGACAACAGUCUGCGCCAGCGCUUCGAGGAAUUCGGCGUUGUUGAGGAUGCUACCGUCGUCAAGGACCGUGAUACUGGUCGCAGCCGUGGUUUCGGUUUCGUUCGUUACUCCACCGACGAUGAGGCUACUGCCGCUAUGAACGCCAUGAACAACCAGGAGUUCGACGGUCGCCAGAUCCGUGUUGACAAGGCUACUGAGCGCGCUGCCGGUGGCGGUGGUGGUCGCGGCGGCGGCUUCGGCGGCGGCGGUUACCGUGGUGGCGGCAACGGAGGCUACGGUGGUGGCCAGGGUGGCUACGGCGGUGGUCAGGGCGGUUACGGUGGUGGUCAGGGCGGCUACGGUGGCCAGCAAGGCGGCCAAGGUGGUUACGGCGGCGGCUACUAG